CAAACCCUCACCCUCUCUGUUUUUCCUCUUCAAUCACAUUUUCUCUCUCUGCAUUUUCCAAUUGCUCUCACAAACCCUAAUUCUCGCUCUACCUAUACAUAUCACAUAUGCAUACAUCCCCCAAUUUGCAUCUGGAAUCUUUCUCACUCUGAUAUUUCUGUAUCGCCACUCGCGGAUUCACUUCUCUCUCAAUCUCGCUCUCACUAUUUGUUUGUUUCGUGUGUGAUUCGCCGUUCGUUGUGUUUGAUUGUUACCUGAAAUUCUCUGGAAUAUCAAUUUGUUGCGAUGGCGGAAAGUAAACUGGAUCUCCCGGAGGAUCUCAUCGGUUCGAAGCCGUCCGAUCAAUCUUGGAUUCCGAAAGCUUCCACUGGAAAUGAUGAGGACAAGGGGUUGAUGGGAUCACUGGAUGAGUCAAAGGAUCAAGCAGCUUCUGAGAUUCCUCUGUCCCCACAGUGGCUGUAUGCUAAGCCAAAUGAGCCAAAAAUGGAAGCCCGUGGCCCAAGUUCUCUGUCUCUUGGCACCUCUGCUGAUUUGAACCAAAAAGAGGUUUGGCGCUCAGAUGUCCCUGAGGAAAAAAAAGAUUGGAGAAAGAUUGCUCCUGAACCUGACAGUGCUCGCCGCUGGCGUGAAGAAGAAAGGGAAACUGGAACGUUUGGGCGAAAGGAUCGGAGGAAGAUGGACAGACGGGUUGACAAUGCUCCGGCCAGAGAACCUACUGAGAACAGAUCUUUGCCAGCAACUGACAGGUGGCAUGAUGUUAAUAAUCGCAGUGCUGGCCAUGAAACAAGGCGUGAUAGCAAAUGGUCUUUAAGGUGGGGCCCUGAUGACAAAGAAAAGGAUUCUCGGGGGGAUAAAAGGGCAGAUGUGGAGAAGGAAGAGUCCCAUAAUGAAAGCCAACCAUUUGUUUCAAAUAGUCGUUCUGGUCCUGAGCGUGUAACUGAUUCUCGUGAUAAGUGGAGGCCUCGGCAUAGGAUGGAGGGGAAUCCUGCUGGAUCUGGUCAACGCACUGCUCCUGGAUUUGGACCUGAAAGGGGAAGAGUUGAUGGUUCAAAUGUGGGCUUUACUGUAGGGCGUGGUAGAUCUUCUGCUUCCAUUGGAAGACCUUCAUCAUCUUCUCCAAUUGGUGCGGCUCAGUGUGAUAAAAAUGGAAAAUUUGUUUACCCCAGAGGCAAACUACUUGACAUAUAUCGUAAGCAAAAGCUGGAGUCAUCCCUUGCCCCUGUGCCAGACACUUUUGAGGAAGUACCCCCAAUAACUCAAUUAGAGGCUGCAGAACCUUUAGCUUUUGUUGCUCCGGACGCUGAGCAAGAGGCUGUACUGAGUGACAUAUGUAAGGGUAAAAUAACUAGCAGUGGUGCCUUGUACAGUGCACUUAAGACGGGCAGAUCUGGUGAUAGCUUUUCAGAAGUGGCAGACGUUGAAUUCUCCAACGGAAGACAGGUUUCCUUCUCUGCUGAUGUCACUGAAGAUAUACCAGAUAACUUCGAUAAAUCAUCAGCUGAUAUUCAUGAAGCUAGUGUCGAUAGCAUAUUCUACGAUACUUCAUCAAAAGGAGGUCUGCUAAAUGAGAAAAUUGGUAAUUAUGAAGAACAAUAUGAAGUUUUAGAGAAUAUGAACGGGAAAGAACUGGAUAUUGGCCGUUUGCAAGCUCUAAAUGGUGCUCAAUAUGGUGAGUUGCUGCUAAAGGUUGCAGGUGCUGCUGUCAAUCAUCACCCUUUGUUUGAGAGUCUCCAAUCUGUCUCACCAUUUGAUGUAAACAAUAUACUCCGUGAAUCAAACUCUCUUUUAUCUGUUCAAACAUCAGAACAGUUCUGGUCUGAUGAGCUGCACAAGACUGGGAGCAGAGCCAAUGAAUAUCAGCUGGAUAGAGGAAUCCCUCCAGAGGAAUUGAGUUUGUAUUAUCAGGAUCCUCAAGGGGAGAUACAAGGACCUUUUCUUGGGGUGGACAUCAUUUCAUGGUUUGAGCAAGGGUUUUUUGGGGCCGACUUACCUGUUCGUUUGGAAGAUGCGCCUGAUGACUCACCCUUCCUUGAAUUGGGAGAUGUUAUGCCUCAAUUGAAAUUUGGACAUGAGUAUGGUAGUGGAAAUGAGUUGAGUUCCAAUUUAGAAAAGUCAGCUGUAAUGGAGGGUGCGUCUGAAACAUGCUUACAAGCUGGUGCUCCAGUUCCUGAAUCUGUUUCUUCCACUGUAGUGGAUGGAUCCAGAUGGCAGUUACAUGAGUUUGAUAAUAUCCCUUCACAUCAAGGUCAGUCAAAUGUACCUGACAGUCAUCGUCAUCUGCCACAACACAUGUACUCUCAGGGAAAAGAUUUCAAUGAUUUUGGCGUCCAAGAUGAAGAAAUCGUGUUUCCUGGAAGACCUGGUAGUGGUGGCAGUACGAUAGGAAAGACGUCGAGAGUAUAUGGGGAAUCUGCCUCAAAUAGUGGGAACCAGUCGCAUCUCCCUCAUGAAAUGACAGAGUCUGGUUUGUCAAAUCAGAAUGACAAUAAAAUGAAUCCUUUUAGAUGGUCUGAGCUUGCCAGUACACACACAAGGAGUGAACAGGCACCUCCAUUCAGUGGAGGCGUGCAGGAGAAACUUGUAAAUGCAGGACCUGGUGGUAGACUUUCCCCUUUCAGUGCCAUGGCUAAUCAGGCUCACGCCCCAGAGGCAUGGAAUGAUGCUUUUGGCAGCAGCUCACAUUCGUAUCAAGAUGUCAUGGAUGGUCGCCUAUCUUCCAGAAUGGACCAAGAAUUUAGCCAAUUUGAUAUAGCAGAGAAGCUAUUGCAGCAGCAACUUCAGCAGCAGCAUCUCCAGCAGCAUGGUGUGGUGCCUUCCCUUAAUACGCACAUGAGUGAUGCAAUGCUAGAAGGGGCCCCAUCUACUAAGUUGAUGCACCACAAACUGCUUGGUAAUCAAAUGGGGCAAGAUAUGGAACAUCUAUUAGCCCUUCAGCGGCAGCAGCAGAGGCAGAUCCAACUUCAACAACAGCAGCAGCUGCAGCAACAAGAGCAGUUCCAUCAGCAGCAAAUGUUGUUGAAAGAGCAACAGCAGUCUCAGGCAAGACAGGCUCUUCUUGAGCAGUUGCCGCAGAGUCAAAUGCGCGAGUCAGGUCUUGGGCAGUCUCGUGCUGCUCUUGAACAGGCUUUGUUGAAGCAGCAAAUUCUGAAUGAUAGGCAACAACGCUCCCUAUUUUCUUCUAGGCAUUCUGAUCCAUCCCUUGAACAGCUAAUUCAAGCAAAAUUUGGUCAAGUGCCUCAUCAAGGGCAUCAAAAUGAUUUAGUGGAUCUUUUGUCACGCGGAAGGCGUGGGCAAAUUCACCCCCUGGAUCAACAGAUCAUUCAGCAAGAUCAGCUGCAUGGGAGGCAGUUGCCUUUGGGGCUAAGGCAGCGAUUGGAAAUGGAAGAAAGGCCAAUCAACCCUGGGUGGUCGCUUGAUGAUGCUGGUAAUUUUCACAGAAAUCCCUCUGCCUCUAAUAGACCCAUCACUGCUGGAUUUGGUCCAUUGGACUUUUAUUCCCAACAAAUUCCACCUCCGGAGGAGCAUCUCAACCUUCUUGAACGCAACCUUUCUGUACAUGACAGACUCCAACAUGGUCUUUAUGAGCCUGGCAUGUUACCUUUUGAGCGUUCAAUGUCAUUGCCUGUGGGUCCUGCUGGGGUAAAUCGUGAUGUUGUGAAUUCAUUGGCUCGUGGCCUAGAAAUGCAGGAGCAGAUUGCACGGAUUCAAUCUAGUGGUCAAGGCGGAGGAUUCUCGUCUGGCAUGUUUUCUCAGCAUAUAAACCACCCUUUACAUUCCAAUCAAUUUCAUGAUUCACGAAUGGAUACAACAGAGGGCCAUUGGUCUGAUAAUAAUGGUCAUUUACCGAAUGAUUGGAUGGAGUCUAGAGUUCAACAACACCUUCAUAAUGAAAGGCAGAGGAGAGAGAUAGAUGCCAAAAGAAAUACUGAAGACCCUAGUUUGUGGAUGUCAGCUGGAUCAAAUGAUGACAGUUCUAAGCGAUUGCUUAUGGAGCUACUACAGCAGAAAACUGGCCACGCAUCAAGUGACCACACUGAUAUGAUUAAUGGAGUACCAAAUGAGAGAAGGCCACCUUCAGGUCAUCGCCAUAGGAGCAUGUCAAACCAGUCAUUCGGUGCUCUUUCAGACCAGGAAUCUGGUUUCAACAACUCAUUCACUGUUGGGUCCUUUAAUUCUGAUUCAGGUCUGCCACCACAGAAUCGACCAUCUGAGGGAAUAAGCAGUAUCCUGGAAAUUGGUGGAUUGCCUUAUCGAUCUAAACGUGGAGGAAUGAUUGCUGCUGCUGUUGAUGAGGGCAUAAUUUCUGAUGCUCAAGAAGGCUUAAUUGAGCAGGCUGGCUUAACUUCUAAUGACAGAGGGGAAAGGGAAAUGCCGGUCAAUGUCCUAAGCAGGAAUAAGUCACUUGGCUCUGCUGGUGUUCAGAAUAUCAAAAUUGGAUCUGAUGAUUCUGUUCCUGAGGACGCUGCUAAGGAUAGGUUGAGAUCGUCCAGUUCUAAAGGACCAGAGAAUGUCUUGCUGAGGCGUCCACCUGUAUCACGAGCUGCAUCUUCUCAGGAAGCGCUGUCAGAGCUGAAUGUUGACUCAGUCAGAGGGAAAAGUGUUCCAAGUGCAGUAACUCCUGAUGGAGUGAGAAGGGAGGUGGGUGUUACAGCUGUAGGAAAUGUUGAAGCGGCUAGCAGAAGAGAUGUGCAGUUCCGAAGAACAUCAUCCUGUAAUGAUGCCGAUGUAUUGGAAACAUCAUUCAGUGAUAUGCUUAAAAGCAGCGCUAAGAAGCCAACACCUCAAGAAACGCAUGCUUCAGCAGCAGCAGCUUCAGAGGCGCUGGAUGGAGCUUCUGGGGCUCGGAACAAAAAGAAGGGCAAGAAAGGCAGACAGAUUGAUCCUGCACUUCUUGGUUUCAAGGUCACUAGCAAUCGGAUCAUGAUGGGCGAAAUUCAGCAUGUUGAAGAUUAAAUAGAAGAAAAGGAAUGUGUUGUACUGAUCUUGUUCACAAUUAUUGUACAUGACUAGAGUUUUGUACAGUUUUUGUAGAGGUUAAUUCUUUAUUUUAUUUUGGGGGUUGAGUUGAGUGAGAAGAAGCAUUUGGCCCUUUAGAGGUCAAUUGGAAUAGUCGAUGAUAAACAUUUUUCAUAGAAAUGGCAAUAAUUUAAUGCA